UCAACUAAAUUUUUACAUAAAUAAGUUUAAACGCUUGUUCUGAUCAAAAUCAUCAUGAAAUUUUACAUUAUAAAGAAAUCUGAAAUACCAAACAUUUAUCGAAAAAAUUAUUUGGGAUUGAGGCGAGGGUGUAUAACUCUGAUGGAUCAUUUGAUAUCGGCUUUUCCCAUGUUAUAAAGGGCUUGUUUUUUUGCGCUUUCAAAUUGCAAGUUAUAUCAAUGUUUAGGUGUUCAACUAAAUGAUAACUCUCCGAUUUAGUUCAGUCACUUUAUUAAAGCAGACAAAUGAUGAAGUUUUUUACAUAUUGCAGGCAAUUGACGAAACAGAGCAGCAAGAUAUUCCGCAGGCGUUUCGUUUGCUCGGCGAAAUGAACGCAAAUGUAUUACAGGUUAAUCAGUUGGUAGACAAUAUGUUAGCUCGUGUUAAAAGUGGAGAAAUAUCAACAGACAAAGGUUUAAGUUUUUUGGAGAUGAAAUAUCACAUGCUUCUAUCUUAUUUGAUAAACCUGACUUAUGUAGUCUUGAGAAAAUGCUCUGGGGAAAGAAUUGAUGGUGAUCCAUCGAUAGAUCGCAUGGUUGAGAUAAGAACUGUCCUUGAGAAAAUUAGGCCCAUAGAUCACAAGCUCAAAUACCAGAUCGACAAGCUCGUAAAAACUGCCGUAACUGGCGCUUCAAAUAAUGACGACCCCAGCAAAUUCAAAGCCAACCUUGAAGCUCUUACUGGCAAAAUUGAAGACUCUGAUCUGGAAGCCGAUAGUGAAGACGGCAAUAAUUCUCAGGGUUCCAGAGCGCAGUUGAAAAAAUCCGGAAUCUACGUCCCGCCCAAACUUGCUGCUGUCCAUUAUGAUGGGGAUGAGACGACUGCUGAAAGGGUUCGUAAGUCCAGUGAGCGAGCUCGUAGGCGUGCAGUAUCUGGAACGGUACUUCGAGAGUUGAGAGACGAAUAUUUAGAUGCUCCAGCAGAAGAUUCACAGAACCCAAGAGAAAAGCCGGCAAGCCUUGGAUUUGGGAACAAGCGAAAAUUAGAAUAUGAGGAAAACUAUAUGACCAGACUUCCGGUGACAAAAGAGGAAAGACACCUUCGGCGCCAAGUAACCACCCUUGCUAGUCUUGGCAAUGAGAUCACUACAUUUGGAGGACCAUCCUCUCUAGCAGGCAAAAAGAGAAAAGCUCCCAAAGGAAAGGCUAAAAAAAGCUUCAAGAAAAAACGGCACUAAUUCUGUUAAAUAUGAAUGAACAGAGAUAAGAAAGAAAUGAGAGGAAAACAGAGAGAAGUUUGCACAGAAGAAAGUCGAGGGUUGUACAGCGGUAACUAUUGAAUUGAAAAAUAAGAAAUAAAUAAAAAGCUACAGAUAGGUAAUGAAAUUCACAUUCAAAAUUCACGCAACGCACUGGUUAAAUACACUGGUCAUACGCCAGCUAUUCAUUAAAAUAGUAAUAGCGGUAGUAUUAGUAUUAGUGCUAAUAGUAGUAGCAGUAACAUUAGCAGGAGUAGCAAUAGCGGCAGCAGCAAGAGUAGCAAUAGAAAUAGUAGUAGUCGUAGCAGUAAUAGUAGUAAUAGCAAUAGUAAUCGUAAUAAUAAAAUAAUAAUGAUAAUACUAAUGGCAAUGAUGAUAAUAAUCAUAAUUAAUCGAUUGAUGAUUAGUAUGUAAUUGUUAAUGAUAGAAAAAUAGAACUAAACUUGGGCGCGGAAAGAAGAACGCGAGAGGAGAGAAUCACGAAAUACUAUUUUGGAAGUCUGUCAUUUAGAGUUAUGAUUAUUAUCAUCGUGACAAACAUUAAGUAUUCAAUUACUAUCCGAUACGAAUUUAUCUACUUGUCGUUAAGAAAAUAAUGCAGUAUCUAUGAUCAUGAGACAAACGAGAGAAACAGUGAAUGAGGACUAGUAAAAGAUCGAGCACCUUAGUGUGCUGAUAAUAGUUAUAAUUUAAAUAGAUGUAUGUCGUUUUUAUAUCUAAGCAUUACUGCAUAACAACGAAUAAUAAUGAUUCGGACACUACAAUAAUAUUUUCAUUUUCAUGCACCAAAGUAAAUGAAUCGAUAAAAGAUGAUUAUAAUUAAAUAUGAUUGACUUUUAUGUGGAGAAAAAAAAUGUACUGCUAUUUUACCAGCCGUUAAUGGUAGCUCUAGGACUGAAACUGUCAGAGCAAUUAUUGACAAACUCAAAUCGUCAGAAAUUAUUUAACAAACAAAUCACAGACUUCCACCGAUUGCAGCUUUAAACCUAUAAUAAAUUAUUCACGCUGAUCUUAGUGGGCUCAGGGGUAUAUGACUCACAUCAGUAUGACGAUACAUUGAAUGUUUUCAUGUCUUAUUCUAUAUUUUUUCGGGUUCAUAGAAGAAAACGACGAAAAAAGAUGUCGAUGAUUGUAUAAUUUGAUGAUGUUUCAGUUAAUGUCGUCAUCAUAAUCAUCAUUGUUAUUGUUAUUAUUAUUGUGGUUGUUGUUGUGGUUGUGUUGUUAUUGCUAUUAUAUUCUUGCGUUAAGUUUAAGUUCUUAUACAUAUAAUUGCAUUGCGUUGUGUUUGUGAUUUCUUUUCAAAUUUAUUCUUUUCUGUUUGUACAAAGGGGCUUGUCAGAAAUCACAAAUACAAAAUUUUUUAGAUCACAUAUGGUGUUUAACCGGUCCGUAAAAUUUUUAUAGUUCCCCAAUGGUUGGAACGAUUUCAUUCCAGCGAAUGAGAAUUCGCGUAUUUCCUUCUGUCGCAGCAGUGUAUUGACUAAAUCGAAUUGUCAAAUGAAAUGCUCACAAAAAAAUUUUCAAAUUUGUCCUCUGGACAUUUAUAACUCGUACAAUAAUUAUCCUAGUUAUUACAUGUAUUAUAGAAAGUAAUGUGUAUUAUGACAAAAUGCAAAAUUGAUGUUAACUUAUCGUGUCCAAAGUACUACUAGGUCGCGUAGCAAAAAGAAAUACGUGAUUUCAGUUUUCAGUUGCAAUAGAAAGUAUUCAAAGAAAGUCCGGUGUCGGUAUCUACUUAUAUGAUUCACAAAGUGACACAAACGAAAUACCACCAAAUUUUACCUAUUGACGAAAAUCAAUGUCAAAAGUUCGUCUGCUAGUUAAAUCUCAGCAUUGUUGUUUAAUACAUUGCACUAAAUUGGCAUUCAAACAAAACACUAAUUACACGUCAAAAAACUUCAAAUGAUCCAUACAAUUCUUUCAUUUUUUUGUUCUCUUCGAUUGAGAAUUAAUUUAUUGUAUCGAUAGAAUGGUAACUGUCGUUCGGUUUCAUCUUGUGAAUCAUAAUUUUGUCCUCACCCAUUUCGAUGGGACUGAUCCAUCCAUAGAGAUUAUAUUUUUUACAGAAGUGUUCACUGCUGAGUUCCUAUCGAUGGGUGUAUGAUAAAGUUUCUUACCGAACAAAAAUCCCGGUUUGUUCUAACCUCAUACUUGAAUAAAGUAAAUGAAUAAAUAAACAAUAAUAUAACAUGAUGAUGAUGACGAUGACGAUAAUGAUAAUGAUAAUGAUAACGAUAAUAACAAUGAUAAUAAUUAUAAUGAAGAAUCUGUGAAGCAAGAUUUGGAAAUAUUAAUUAAGCUUCUACAAGAAAAAACGGGAAAAAAAUUUAUUGAAAUAUGAUAACUGCGAUGAAAUAAUAAUAAUAAUAAUAAUAAUAAAAAUCGAAAGAAAACCAGAUUCAACUACUUUGAAUAAAAUAGCCCGUUCGCCUAGGCAUUAUUCACAAGUGCUAUUUACGGGCAAGGAAGUAUUGCAAAAAAAAAAGAACAGUCUCAUCAUAUUGAAUGCUGUAAUUGCAAUGACUGCAUCGUCAUCCCUCGCAUUCAAAUGCAGAUAAGAGAAUUCGAUCGAUCAGUCCUAUCUGAGCAAAAGAGUAGAAUACGUCAGUAAACCUGAAUCAUUUUAGAAAACUUUCAUGAAAAUUAGAUUAUUCGGUUUUUAGUGGCAAGGGAUGAAAUAUGGCUUGAAAAAGCCAGAGAAAUGUUUGUAAUGAAAACCCAUGAAAGCAUUGAAGACUCCGAUUGAACAAAAUGAAAAACACAUAUCCACUCAAUAGCAGCUGUUAUUCUAAUGAGCCGAUAUUCUGCAAGACUACCUCAAGUCAAUAAAACAUGUUUUCUAUAGUUAUAGUAAUUGUGCUACAAAUUUGUAUAUGGUAAUGUAACAAGCCAAUGGAAUGUAUUUGAACCUACUUUCCAAAACCUUAAAUUACAUGGAUCAAGUUUUAUAACAAAUAAAUGAUAAAAGUUUGAUGGAAAAACAGUCGUUGUUCAUAUCAGGUAAAGUUUGAACAGUUUUAAUCUGUUGCUAUUGUUCAUAUUAUAUCGGAGUGAAAUUGUUGCUGAUGUACACACAUUUCCUAAUGAGAAAGAGCCAAACUUUUUUCUGGUAGAACCAGAUCUAGUAUCUAUUGUACUGAACUAAUUAAAUAAAUAUGGGAUAUAAGUUGUGUCAAUGUAUGGACGUAAAUUGAUAUGUAUAAUGUAUAUACACAGGUAUAUACCUUGAAGAUGAAGAUAACAAAACACAGUUGCAGAUAUACUAAUAUGGGAUGGCAGGUGACUAAUUUUAUAGAAAUAAUUUACUUAUUAUAAUAAUGUUAAUAAUAGUAAUAAUAAUAAUUAUGAUAAUUAUAAUUGAUAUUGAUGUGAACAUAACUGGCUUACAUAACAGUCUAUAAUGUCUAAAUAAUUGGUUCCUGCAUAUUAUGUUUCUGUUGAACUAACAUAACGAGUGCCUUUUCAUACAUUCUCAGCAUCCUAAUUAGUUAAGAAACUUGAGAAUCCGAUCCCUAGUCUUAAUAGAUCUGCUUUGGCUCAUUGCACGUACGUGUAUAGUGUAAGCACCUCACUCUCCGAUACUCAAACAAUAGAAGAACCAACAAAUUCGCACGAGCCACAGACUGAAUAUUUUAGUUAAUUAGAAAAAUCUGAAAUGUCCUACAAAAAACUUGAUCAAUUCUUCAUGAGAGAUGUAUAGAGAACUAUUGUUAUCUCGCUAUUCAUCCAAGCGUCACUGCAUCGAGUCAAACUAAUGUAACAAAGGAUUUUUAGUGGCGGAUGUUUAUUUUGUUACAUCAAAGAUAGUCCAAAACCGUAAAAUCAACAAAAUCCAAAAUCAAUCAUAAAACGGUUUUACUCAGAGAUCUGAAUAGUUGCACAUUAAUAAUGAUUACUACGAGUUGGAUGAUUAAAUAGGGAAUAAUGUAUUAACUAGAUUCAUAGUUUGAGAAAAAACUCAUGAUAAUGAGAAUUAUGAUUGCGCUAUUUAAUGUAAUCUUUUGUUGUCAUUAUUCCACGUUAUAUGUAUAACUAAUGCCAUUCCUUCAUUUUUUAGAAUUAUAAAUAAAUACAAUAAAUUAUUAUGAUGAAAACCAGAACCGAUUAUAAUAACAAAAUGAUGAAAGCGGAAAUACAAUGUGGAUACAAUCAUGUGUAAAAGUAUACCUAUGUCCCACAUGGAAAGAAGAUAAUUUAAGCAUGAAUGAACCCAUCAUCAUGUAGAAGGCUUCUUACUGACUGAAUUAAACAAUUUCAAUGUCUGAA